GUACAUCAAGAGAAGUGUUUAUAAUAUGAUAGGAUAUAUAUUCUUGUGACUCUCAAAAAAUCACUUUUUUUUUUCUCAAGAAAUUUUCUAAUUUUUUUUUUGUUGAUUCAAGAAAGUUGACUUCUUGGAAGACAUUAAUCACAGAUGUGCAGAACUGUUUCGAGGGUUGUUCGAAUUUGUAAAGAUGGAAAUGGAGAAAGCAUGUGAAUUUUGCAUGUUAUUGAAGCCAGUGGUGUAUUGUGAAGCUGAUGCAGCACACCUUUGUUUAUCUUGUGAUGCUAAGGUUCAUUCAGCUAAUGCCCUCUCUAAUCGGCAUCCUCGUACUCUUGUCUGUGAGUGCUGUGGACACAACCCUGCUUAUAUUCGAUGUUCUGAUCAUCAAUCGUUCAUGUGUCGUGACUGUGACCGAUGCCAUCAUGAUCUCUCUUCUCAGCACCAGAGAAAAGUGAUCACUAGUUACAUGGGGUCUCCUUCUGCUAAGGAUUUGGCAGCAUUAUGGGGAUUUGGCUUGAAAGAUUUGGAAAAUGUCACUCCACCAGAUCAGUUCAUCUCAACAUCGAAUGGUAAAGCGAAUGGAGCUAAGGUCACUCCAAAAAAAUUUAAACGGUCUCACUCGUCACCGGGGGGGUCUUCCUUAGCUUCUGAACUUGACUUCACAGGUCUUGUUGUUUCUCCAGAAUCAGAAGUGGGAUCAACUAGUUACUACACUAAGGUGUUAAGCUUGCGUAAACGGAGGGAGAAUACUUCUCUUAUUCUACAGCAGAUUCUUGACUUGGAAAGACUUCAGCUUACUGAGGGCAGUAACAAUUUAACAAGUGGAGAAAGUCGAAAUAAUGUUUCUUCAUUGAAAAAUUGUACAUCAUGGAAUAUGCAUAACAAAUUUGAUUGCUUGCAGAGUUCACUUGAUCUUGGCACUGAACUUCAGGAUUGGGGCAGUACUCAUGAAAGUCCAGUUGCUGAAUCGUUUCCAUUACCGUUGCCAGAUGGUGAUUCGUUCUGGGAAUGUAAAAGUCCGGUUCAGAGUAGUCAGCUUUGGCCUCAAAAUCUGCAAGAUCUAGGAGCUUAUGCUGAACUAGAAUGUUUCGAUAAUUCCAAUAUGCCUGAUGUUGAUUUGACCUUCCAAAACUUUGAAGAACUCUUCGGUGAGGAACAGGAUCUGAACGUCACUCUUCUCGAGGAGGAUAUGACAUGCUCAUCUAUGGAGAAUGAUUCAUCGAUCGAUAGAUCAGAUUACAGCUAUGUUAAGAAGGACAUAUCAACAGCUUCAUCGGUCCGUGCAGGACAUUCAACUCACUUUGGCCAAGGCUACGGUGAGCACAUUCCCACGAUCAAGGACUGUCCUCCGCCUAUAAGAACAAACUUUUCCUCCUUGUCCUUCUCAGCAUCAAGGCUGAGCAGUGAAAGCAGUGGUAACGAGUACGUGGAUUCACCUGCUGCCAACGAUCAGGAGGUUUCAUGUAACUCACAGAUGGACAGUAAAGAGAAUCUAUUAGCAAUGCAGAAAGAAAAAAAGAAGGCUAGGCUUUCUGUAUUCAGGUAUGAGAAACAAGCUCGGAAUACACCUCGAAGAGCUAGGACUAACUUAAAAAAGCAGCCGAUAAGAGGGCAGGUCCUGAAGGCACAUUGUUAUGAAUCAGAUGAACUUAAUAUGUCACGAAGCUUUUAAAAGUCGCGAUGGUUGAAUGUGUGAGACUUGUGUACAUACCAUUAAGCAUCACUCAGUAACUCAAGAAUAUCGUUACGAACAUCUUGUGUAUGUCUCUCCUGUUAAUUCUUUCUUCUUUACAUUGUGUAAUGCCUAAUUUUGUAUUCUCACAGAAAAUGGGAUGAUAGGUUUCAUCCUGGCUUUUUUUUUAUGUUUGUGGACUGUUGUUAUCAUUCUCUUCAAGACAUUUUUAUGUCAUUUGCCAU